CUCCAGCAUCAGACUCCUCGCAGACCUGCUAGUGCUCGCCCGAUGGCUCGCCUCCUGCGCACCUCCCUCGUCGCGCCCUCGCCGGCCGGCGCCGCGCUCCACGAGCGCUCUCUCCCGCUCACCUACCUAGACGCGCUGUGGCUCCACGCCACGCCCGUCGAGCGCGUCUUCUUCUACCCCAACGCCACCAGCGACGUCCUCUCCAACCUCACGGACUCCUUGUCCAAUGCACUCGCCGCAUUUUACCCUCUUGCCGGCCGCCUCCGCCUCACCCCCGGCGCGCACAACCGCUACGAGCUCCACUGCCAGCCGGGCGACGGCGUCACCUUCACCGUCGCCGAGUACCACCACGUCGGCUUCGACGAGCUUGCCACGGACGAACCUACGGAGGUUGCCAAGAUCGUGCCGCUUGUGCCGCCGCUGCCCGAAGGCGGCGCGGUGCUCGCUGUGCAGGCCACCGUGCUGCGCGGCGGCCUCGCUAUCGGCGUGACCGUUCACCACGCCGCGUGCGACGGGGUGUCCUCGACGCACUUCCUCCGCACCUGGGCCUGGGCUGCGGCAGCCUGCAGCGGAGCGAGCGCGCCUGUGCCGCCCUUCGUCGACCGCUCCAUCAUCCGCGCACGAGACGACCUGUACGACGCUUUCACAGCGCCCAGGCUGUCCAGCAACGACGACGACGACGGUGGGAAACCCCCCGAUUCGCCCGUCGUCCAGCAGCUCCUCGCCACGUUCACACUGUCCAAGGAGCACCUGCAGAGCAUCAAAGAAGCGGUCGCCGGCGAGGCGGAACGCCGUGGCGUGCCGCUGCCUCGCGCCACAUCGAUCAUCGCGGCGUUCGGCUUCAUCUGGCAAUGCUACGUCCGAGCUAAACCGGGCACCGACGGCAAGGCAGGGUCGUCCUGCGGCGGCCGUGCCUACUUCCUCUUGCCCGCGGACCACCGGACGCGGCUGGAGCCGCCCGUCCCGGACGAGUACCUCGGGAACUGCCUCGGUCCGUGCAUCGCUUUAGCGCCCAGGAGGGAUGUCGCUGCCGCCGGCGCGGACGGUCUGUUCACCGCGUGCGCGGCGAUCGCGACGGCCAUCGACGGAGUGGUGCGCAGCGGGCCCGGCUGCUGGGACGGGUGGAUGGAGCGCAUCAUCGAGGCGUACACCGCGGGCGACUUACCGCUAACAGUCGCAGGGUCGCCGAGGUUCCGCGUGUACGACACAGACUUUGGGUUCGGACGGCCGGCAAAGGUGGAUGUCGUGUCGGUGGCGAGGACCGGCGCGAUGUCCGUGGCAGAGGCACGCAGCGGCGGCGGCGGGGUGGAGGUGGGCAUCUCUUUGUCGGCGGGUGCCAUGGAGCGUUUCAACGAGUGCUUUGCCGAUGCCAUCGCGUCCCUUUCGUCGUAGGAGUAUGUAUAAGAUGUUUGGUUAUGUUCUGUAAUAACUGCUGCUUACAAAGUGAAUCAGUGAUGUUUCUGUGAUGGCAUGGUUUGACAGCGAAACGAGUCAUGGGGAAUGAGCAGAGUGGUUGCUUC